AUGAAGAAACACCAAAAACACCACCUUUCACUGUGCCUUUUAAUCCUAAUUUUGACAGUUCAAUCCAUAUCUGCCAUUGAAUUCUUGUACAAUGGCUUCAAUUCUUCCGAUGUAUCUCUCUAUGGAAAUGCCACAAUCGAAUCUGGGAUUCUUGUAUUAACUAAUGAUACAUCUUUCUCUAUUGGUCGUGCCCUUUUCCCGAUAAAGGUUGCCACAAAACAACCGAGUUCAUCCCAGGUACUUCCCUUUUCGACGUCUUUCAUUUUCGCUAUGGCGCCGUACAAGGAGAGGCUCCCGGGACAUGGUAUAGUUUUCUUGUUUGUGCCAAACACAGGAAUCAAGGGUUCCAGUUCGUCUCAGCAUUUAGGCCUGUUUAACUUUACGAAUAACGGGAAUCAGAGUAACCAUGUUUUUGGAGUUGAAUUUGAUGUGUUUAAGAAUGAAGAAUUCAAGGACAUCAACGACAAUCAUGUCGGAAUUGAUGUGAACUCGCUCGAAUCGAUUAUGGCGCACGAGGCGGGCUACUGGAAUGAUGAGAAAACCUUUAAGAAACUGAAGCUGAAUAAUGGCAAAAAUUACCAAGUUUGGAUUGAUUAUGCUGAUAAUAAUAUCAAUGUUACAAUGGCACCCGUGGGAAUGAAAAGGCCUAAGCAGCCCUUGUUAAACGUUUCACGCAAUUUUUCUGAUGUUUUCGAGGAUCAAAUGUAUGUUGGUUUCACCGCAGCCACAGGUACUCUAAUUGAAAGUCACAAGAUUUUAGCUUGGAGUUAUAGCAACAAGAACUUUUCGCUACACGAAGGAUUGAUCACAAGUAAUUUGCCAUCUUUCGAGCAUGGUAAAACUCCAAUCUACAAAUCCAGAGGUUUUAUUGCAGGCAUAACAACGGGGCUAUUCUUUUUGAUCAUCAUAUGUUCUAUAGUUGUUUUCUUGUUGCUCAAAAGGAAUGAAAGGAUAAAAAGGGAGAAAGAGGAAAUGGAAGAUUGGGAACAAGAGUAUUGGCCACAUAAAAUUAGUUUUCAAGAAAUUGAGGCAGCUACAAGGAACUUUUCGGAUGAAAAUGUUAUUGGAAUUGGAGGGAAUGGGAAAGUGUAUAAGGGGAUAUUGACAGGAGGAGCAGAGGUUGCAGUUAAGCGAAUUUCGUGUGAAAAAAACGAAGGGACGAGGGGUUUCUUGGCUGAAAUUUCAAGCUUGGGAAGAUUAAAGCACAGAAAUUUGGUGGGGUUAAGAGGUUGGUGCAAGAAAGAGAAGGACAGCCUCAUUUUGGUAUAUGAUUACAUGGAAAAUGGAAGUUUGGACAAAAGGGUGUUUGAAUGUGAUGAGAGCAAGAUUUUGAGUUGGGAAGAAAGAAUAAGAAUUUUGAAGCAAGUGGCUUGUGGUGUACUGUAUUUGCACGACGGAUGGGAAGCCAAAGUGUUACAUAGGGACAUUAAAGCGAGCAAUGUGUUACUUGAUGAUGAAAUGAACGCAAGGCUAGGUGAUUUCGGGUUAGCACGAAUGCAUGACCAUGACAAGGCAGCUCGCACCACGAGAGUGGUGGGUACAGUUGGGUAUUUGUCACCGGAAGUGAUGAAGAGUGGUCGAACAUCAACAAAAACCGACGUGUUUGCAUACGGAGUUUUGGUUUUGGAGGUCAUGUGUGGGAGACGACCGGUUGAAGAAGGCAAACCACCUUUGUUAAAUUGGUUAUGGGAGCUUAUGGGGAGAGGAGAAUUGAACAAUGCCCUUGAUGCACGAUUGCAUGCUAAAGGAGGGUUCAAUGAAGAGGAAGUUGAAAGAGUGCUUCAUUUAGGCUUGCUAUGCGCGCACCCAGACCCUAACACUAGGCCAACAAUGAGACAAGUAAUGAAAUUGUUUGAAAGGAAGACCACGUUAGAUGAAUCCGAAGUCGAGGAUAUGGAUGUGAACCUCCUAGAAAAGAUGACAUCUAAAGGAGUUUGGUCCAUUUAUCCCCGGACUUUCAGCACAGAUUCUAGUUCCGUCCCAACAAUCGAAGAGAUCAGACUAGGAUUGUCUUCCUCCAUUGCAGACUGUAGCUCCAGUUCCAUUUUACAGGGUAGGUGA